UAACGUCACUGACUCCGCCCACACAUACAGAUCUCUUCCUGCUCUCAAGAAGGCAACAGGGAAUUCAGCAUAAGAAAGACUAUAGGACGACGAAGAGACAGACAUCAGAUGUCAGGAGUCAGAGAAGAUGAUCAGCUGUACAAAAUCACACUUACGUGAUGAUGAUCAGACAGACGUGAGAAACCAGAAAAGACGAUCGACUGAAGAAUAAAGAAAGAUUCAGAGGAGAAAACAGAAUAUCAACAUGUCGACCACUGUGAUUGUUGCUCACAAUCCUCCUCGCAGGAGAAACAGCAAACAUGAACCUCCUUUUAUGAGGAUUGUUCUGCUGGGGAAGAGUGUGUCAGAAAACAGUCGAGUGGGAAACAUCAUAUUAGGGCGAGCAGCGUUUGACAGUGAAGCUCCUCCAGAUGUUGUAGAGAGAGUCGGAGGAAGACUGAAGGACAGACACGUGAUCCUCAUCAACAGUCCUCAGCUGCUCGAAACACACCUGUCACUUCGUCAGAUCACGAAGACCGUGAGAGAGUGUGUGUAUCUGUCAGAUCCAGGACCUCAUGUGAUCGUUCUGCUCCUUAAACAUGAUCAGUGUUCAGCAGAAGAUCAAGAGUGUGUGGAGAAGGUGCUGGACUCUUUUUCUGAGCGGGUUUAUCAACACACCAUGGUGCUCACGACACAAGACCCGACUGAAACCAACGACAUCCUACAGAAAAUCAUUCAGAAAUGCUGCAACAGACACUUCAGUCUUCAGGGAAACAGCUCUCCUGAUGAUCUCCUGCAGACGUUUGAGGAUAUUGAAAAAAUGAAUGAUGGACGGCACCUGGAUUGUGCUGAAGCUUCACAGUGUUUCACAACGAAGCAACAGGACACAGAAAGACUUUCAGAGGGGGAGAAGCUGAAUCUGGUUGUGUGUGGGAGCGACGGCACAUUAAAAUCCUCCAUAUCAGAGCAGAUCAUACAGCAGACAAACAGAAGAUCAGACGUAGAUCUUCAUGGUCGUGUGAUCCGUCUAGUGGAGCUUCCAGCUCUGUUCAACACUCGACUCUCAGAGCAGGAAGUGAUGCGUCAGACUCUCCGCUGCGUGUCUCUCUGUGAUCCUGGAGUUCAUGUUUUCCUCCUCAUUAUUCCUGAUUCUCCACUCAAUAAUGAAGACAAAGCAGAAAUGGAGGAGAUCCAGAGGAUCUUCAGCUCCAGAAUCAACAAACACAUGAUGAUCCUCAUAAUGCAGAAUUCAGAGCAUCAGACAGCAGAACUCAAUGAGGAAACACAGUCUGCCAUUGAGAGUUUUGGAGGACGACAUCAUUUCUUUGGUCCCACCACACAAUUGAUGGAGAACAUUGAGAAGAUGCUGGAAGAAAACAGAGGAGAGUUUUUCUCCAUAGAGACAUUUCUGGAGGCACAGAUAAAAACAAAAUAUGAAGAGAUGAAAAAGAAAAGUCAUUCAUUAGGGACACAUUUAUUCUCACAAGAGAGUGAAGAUGAUCUGAGGAUUGUGCUGCUAGGAAAAACUGGAGUUGGGAAAAGCGCAACUGGAAACACCAUCUUAGGAAGAAACGCUUUUAAAGCAGAGGAAUCUUUUGAAUCAUUGACCAGUGAGAGUCAAUCAGAAACAUCCGACAUCAACGGUCGACGCGUUACUGUGAUCGACACUCCAGGACUGUUUGAUACUGAACUGACUAAUGAAGAGAUCCAGAGAGAAAUCAGACACUGCAUCUCCAUGAUCCUGCCUGGACCGCAUGUGUUUCUCUUACUGAUUCCACUGGGACGAUUCACUAAAGAAGAACAAGAAUCAGUGAAGAUCAUCCAAGAGACGUUUGGUGAGAAGUCUUUAAUGUUCACCAUCGUGCUCUUCACCAGAGGAGACUUUCUGAAGAACAAAACCAUUGACCAGUGUUUGGGAAAACCUGGAUCUGUGAUCAGAAACCUGAUUGAAGUGUGUGGAAACAGAUAUCAUGUGUUCGAUAAUAAUCAGACUGGAGACCGAACACAGGUGUCUGAUCUAUUGGAGAAGAUAGACAACAUGGUGAAUGCAAACGGAGGGAGUUUCUACUCGUGUAAGAUGUUCAGACAGAUGGAGAGAGAACAACAAGAACAACAGAUGAAGAUCCUGAUGGACAGAGUGGAGAAACUGAACAGAGAAAGAGAAGAACUGAUGAAGAAACAAGAGGAAGAGAAAGAGAGGAUGAAGAUCACAAUGGAGGAAGAACAAAAGAAUCACGAGAAAGAGAGAAAGAGAAGAGAAGAGGAACUGAAAGAAGAGAGAGAGAGAAUGGAAAGAGAGAAAGAAGAUCUUCAAUCUAAACAUGAAGAAGAAGAAAACAAGAUGAAGAUCCUGAUGGAGAAAAUGACCAGCGAAAGAGAAGAACUGAUGAAGAAACAUGAAGAAGAGAAAGAGAGAAUGAAGAUCAUGAUGGAGGAAGAACGACAGAAUUAUGACAAAGAGAAGAAGAGAAGAGAAGAUGAGGAUAAAAAGAUGUGGGAGAGAGAAAAACAGAUUUCAGAUGAAGAGAUUCAGAGACUCAAGAGUGAAAUGGAGGAAAUAAUUAGAGAGAAAGAGAGAAUAAAGAUUAUGAUGGAGGAAGAAAGACAGAAUCAUGAGAAAGAGAGAACAAGAAGAGAGGAAGAACUUAAAAGAGAAAUAAAAAAAACUGAGGAACAGAUGAGAGACAUGAUGAGUAGAGAACGAGAGGAAAGGGAGAAACAGAAACUAGAGGAAACGACGAGAAAAGAAAAGGAAGAGAAAGAAAAACAGAUUUCUAAUGAAGAGAUUCAGAGACUCAAGAGUGAAAUGGAGGGAAUAAUCAGAGAGAAAGAAAGAAUAGAAAGAGAGAGACAAGAACAGCUAAAGGACUUAGAGAAGAGACUGAAAGAAGAAAGAAACGUGAGAGAAGAUCAACAAAAGACUUUUGAAGAGAAACUGAAACUCCUUGAAGAACAGCGUGAAGAUGAACUGAAGAGAAGACGAGAGGAGCGGAGAGAGGAAGAGGAGGAGAUGAAGAUCUGCACUGAAACUGAUGAUUCACUACAGGGAGUCACAGCACACCUAUUUCGCAGACUUCAUCUUCACAGGAACAAUAACCUGAGUGCUGCAGAUGUUCUUCAGAUAACUAAACAUUCAUUACAGUCCCAUGAGUCCUGUGCUGAAGAGGAGCUGAGUCAGACUUUCAUACGAAAACUACUGAUGAUGGACUACAUAGCAAGAUGCAUUAAUGUUAAAGAGAACAAUGAACAGGAUCGCACACAACAAAGAGACACAGUGUCAGUGUCUAACAAGGGAACAAGUCAGUCUGAUCGCAUUCACCCAAUGGAUGUUCAGAUGGCCGUGUUUCAUUGUGCUGAUGGUUUCCUGAAGCAGUUGAUGGUCACUAAACUGUCCCAGUGUCAGUACGCUCUCCCUCUGCUUGUUCCUGAUCCAGACACACAACAGAUUGAGUUUCCUCUCUGGACAUUCAGACAAAUCAACAAGAGCUGGAAGACGAGAAACACCAACAAUGAGAUCACCAGUCAAACCCAUCCGGUCUACAAGGCAGAAACUCCAAUGGUGUGUUUCUUCAGGUUUGGCUCUGUGUCUUCAUCCAAGUCUCAGCUGAUGAACAGUCUGAUCAAUGAGAAACACAACACGUUCUUCCACAGGAACUGUCCAGGCAGCAGCAGAACCAGAGUCCUGAUGGAUGGAGUGGUGGAGAUCGCCUGGUUCUGCCCCUCUGGGAAAAACACGGAUAAAUUCACGGACUGUGUUGCGUUCUGUAAUCUACACGGUGAUGCAGGAGAUCAUGAGAAAGAGCUGCAGAUCCUCACUGAAAUGGCCUCAGUCAAUGUUGUUCUUCUACCACAACUUCAGAAAAAUGACAGAAGUGCAGAAAAGAUCCAGAAUCUGUUCAGAAUCACAACACCACUUAUUUGUCUUUUUACGGAGGAUGAUUUUACUUUAAUGAAGAUGAAAAAAGGGAAAUUCAAGAUUGGUCUGAAAGACAGAGAUCGGUCAGAUGUGUCUGAAGAACUCAGAAGAGCCAUAAAUGAGUGUCUCUCAGAAUCAUCUUCCACUUUCAGACUUGAAGAUUUGUCCAAACACUCAGACAUCAGAGUAGAUGAGGAAGAUGAUGAAGACUGCAGGAGAGGAAGAGAAGCAGCACAGCAGAUGAUGAGUUUACUGGAGAAGAAAAAUCUGACAGAAAUCAAACACUCAUUUCUGCCUCAUCAGGGGAAACUGUGGCACCAGUGGAGUCAGAAGAACAAAGAACUACAUCGACCUCAAGGAGAAAAGACCGAAAUGGAAAUAAGAAUACAAACAGAAAUUAUGAAAAUACGAGAAGAGCAGCUUAAAUCCGACAUCAGUGUGUUUAUGAAGUUCUUCAUUAAACAAAUGAACUCACAUUCUGAACAUGAGAAUAUGUAUUUCAUCAAAUGGCUGAGAAUCCUCCUGGAUGAUUAUACAUCAGCAGACCUUUCUGCUCUUCAUCAGAAGUAUGAUGAAAAGUGGUCAGCAGUUUUAAAACUGAAAGAGAACAAUGUAAAACCUGAGCAACUCAAAGCUGAAGAAACUGACCUUGAGAGAAUAUCUGAGGAUCUUCAAACUGCAUCCUUUGGUCUGGAGCACAUCAUGAGGGAGAUCGGUCAGAUCUAUGAAUCAUGUUCAUCUGUGAAGAAGAACAAGAAAGAUCUGCAGUUUCACUUCUCUUCUCUCCCGAGUCUUGCAGCAGAGAUGAUGAUCUCUGGAUUUCCACUGGAGCUGAUGGAUGGAGAUGCUGCUCAUGUUCCUCUGGUCUGGAUCUCUGCUGUUAUAGAUGAACUCAUCCAGAAACUGGGAGACCAGAGAGUCUUUGUGCUGUCAGUUUUAGGGAUUCAGAGCUCUGGGAAAUCCACCAUGCUGAACGCCAUGUUUGGACUGGAGUUUGCCGUCAGUGCUGGCAGGUGCACCAGAGGAGCUUUCAUGCAGCUGAUCAGAGUCUCAGACGAGAUGAAAACACAGAUGAACUUUGACUAUAUUCUGGUUGUUGAUACUGAGGGUUUUCGUGCUCUAGAACUGGCUGGAAGAUCAACAAGACAUCAUGACAAUGAACUGGCCACAUUUGUUGUUGGUCUUAGUAAUCUGACCUUGAUCAACAUCUUUGGAGAAAACCCAGUUGAGAUGCAGGACAUUCUUCAGAUUGUUGUUCAGGCCUUCAUGAGGAUGAAGAUGGUCAAACUAAAUCCCAGCUGUGUGUUUGUGCAUCAGAACGUCUCAGACGUCACAGCUGGAGAGAAAAAUGAGGAGGGAAGGAGACGACUGCAGGAGAAACUGGAUGAGAUGACAGAGCUUGCUGCAGAAGAGGAAGACUGUGAUGCAGAACGUUUCAGUGAUGUCAUUAGAUUUGAUGUACAGAAUGAUGUGAAGUAUUUCGCUCAGCUCUGGGAAGGAAGCCCACCGAUGGCACCACCAAACCCAAACUACUGCGAGAACAUUCAAGAACUAAAGAAAACUAUAAUGUCUCAUGCCUCAAAUUCACAUGGAUUUAUGCUGAAAGGCUUAAAAGAUCGUAUUAAAGAUCUCUGGGAGGCUUUACUGAAUGAACGAUUCGUCUUCAGCUUCAGAAAUUCUCUGGAGAUUUCAGCCUACAGGAAACUGGAGACCGAAUACAGCAAGUGGACCUGGAGUCUUCAUAGUGCCAUGAUGAAAACUGAGAACAAACUACACAACCAAAUAGAAAAUGAAGCGAUACGUGAGGUUGAAGAAACUGGUCUGCAAGAAGAACUGAAGAAGACAAAAGAAGAAGUGAAAAAAUCAAUGUCUGAAUUCUUUGAGAAAGACAAAGAUAAAGAUAUACUGAUUCAGUGGAAAACAUCAUUUGAAAUCAAAAUCAAGGAGCUUCAGGAAAACAUUGUGAAAGAAACAAAGAGGAAAUUAAAGCAGAUUCUUCAGCAGCGAGACCUUAAGAAAGAGAUUGAUUCUCAGAGGACACAUCAAGAAAACAGUCUCUAUGAAAAGAGCAAAGAACUUGCCUUAAAACUCAAAGCAAAUGAUGAAGAAACACUGAAGAAAGAGUUUGAUCUGUUUUGGAAACAGUGUGUGAAUAAUAUCAAGUCAGAUACUCCUGCAAUCAAAGACAUUGAUAUAAUGAGAGAUGUGAUAAAGAUCCUCAGUGACACCUAUAAAAGUGUUUCUGUAGACCACAGGAUGGAGAGCAGAGAUAUCUUCUAUGUGUCCAGUUUUUCAGAUUAUGUAAAGGUAAAACAAUCAAGUGGAUUGUUAAAAUAUGUCCUCAGAACUUUUGGUUACUGUUCUUUAACUAAAGAGGAUGAAGUUCAAAUAAGAGCAUUAAUCACAGACAUUGCUCAGCGUACAAACACACAGAUUCAAUCAUUUAACAUUUCAAAGAUGGGCUACAACAAGAGAUGCAUUCAACAACUCACAUAUUACAUCAAGGAAAGGUUAGUACAACAUGAGGAAGGAUCAGUGAAAUAUGAGUUCAAGAAUGAAUUCUUCAGGGAUUUGGUUAUUUCCAUCUGUAAGAGAGCAAACAAGAUGAUCACUGACCAACACAGACUAUUCAGGGAAGCCAAUGAUCCUGUAAUAUAUCUUGAGAAGAAGAGAGAAGAGUACUAUAGUAUUUUCCAGAAAUACUGUCAUGGAGCAUCAGCAGCGGCCAUUUUUGGAGAGAUCAUCUGUCAGAAACUGAAAGAGCCCAUUGAGCAGAGUGUCUACAAGAAGACUGCCAGAUAUCUGGCUGGUGAAAUGACAACAAACUGUAGAUCACUGAAUGGAAACAGAUCAAAUCUGGAGAAACACAUCCUGAAGACACUGGCAGAAGAGGAGGAUUUUGACAAAUACAUGAACUACAUUAAAGAUCCCAGAGAUCACCUCAAGAGUUUCAUCAGAGAUGAAGUCAGUCGGUACAUCACUGAUAAGUUCAGUGUCAGUGUUUUACCCAAGAUGAAGAAGAACAUUAAACUCCUGCAGCAGAAGAUCAUGGAAGCUGCACAUGAAUCUACUGAACAUGUUCAAAAGAAAAGAGGAGAUGUUGGAUUGUGGUUGAAGAGUUUCACACUGUGGCUCUCAGAUGAGCUGAUCUUCUCUGUAAAAGACCUCAGUGGAGUCAAACAUGAUGAUGUUGAUGUGAAACUCCUGAAAGAUGUGAUAAAACAAGAACUUCCUGCUAUAAUAUCGGACAUCAGCAGGGGAUUCACAAAGACUUUUCCAGUAAAUCUGGACUAUAAAGAAAGACCAGAUGAGCUUCUGAUUGAACACUUCUUUCAGUGCUGUUGGGUUCAGUGUCCGUUCUGUGGAGCCGUCUGCACCAACACCAUAGAAAACCAUCCUGGAGAUCACAGCGUUAAUUUCCAUCGAGUGAAUGGAGUUAAAGGAUGGCAUUACCAUCAAACAGAGAACCUCAGAGCUGAUUUUUGCACAACUUUAGUAACAAGUAAUGAAAGAUUUUGUGUAUCUGAUGUGUCUUUUCCAUAUAAAGAAUACAGAAGCGCAGGAGGAGUUUAUGCGAAGUGGAGCAUCACCCCUGAUCUCUCUGAACUGUCCUACUGGAAAUGGUUUGUGUGCCGAUUCCAGAAAGAUCUGGAAAAAUAUUAUAAUGCAACAUUCCAGGGUCGUGGUGAGAUUCCACCUGAAUGGAGAAAUCACACACAAGAAGAGGCUAUUCAGAGUUUAGAUGGAUAUUUUGUUUGAUCCAAACUGUUUGAUUUGAUCAAACUCAACACAAAUUCCAGUAUUUCAGCAGUAUUCUCUACUUAAAGUUCAAAAUCAAUUCCAGUUUUCCACUCAAUCACACUCUCUCUCCACCCACUGAACGUUGAAACAGCUGUUACUAUUUAUCAGUUGACUCUCUCCUUACAGCUUGUCCUGGAGUUGCGUUCUCCCCAUUGUUGACUUUGCUUGACCAUGCCCCCCUCCACAAUACAUUUACACAUACUCAAUCAUAUAAUCUCUCAUGUGUCACUUGUUGAAACAUUUCUUAUUUUCUUUAUGGUGGAUGAGACAUAGUGCGCUAUAGAAAGGACAGUGAACAAUUCACACAGUAAAUAUACCAUUGGGUCGAAUUAAAUUUGGUUUUACGUCAGGGUCAUGUGAAGCACCACAGUGUACGAAAAUGCAUACUUCCCAACUAUAUAUUAGGGAAAACAGUGGGAUAAGUCUCUACUCGAGAGAGCAUGAGAUUGUUUUCCAGUCCAAAGACAUAUGAGCGAGUCAGCGCAGAUGUCUGCUAGUUAACUUAUCAAGCUGUGAUGUAAACAAAAUUCUGCUGGCUAUUUUAAAAAAGAGAAAAGUUCUUUGAUACUUCCUGUUUUAAUCAGAAUACUGUAAAUGUCAAAUAAAUUGAGUAAAAAUGCUUAUCUAACCAUUUCACAGGGAUUUUAAGUAAUGGUCAAAGUCUGUAGUCUCUGAAAUAUUAAAUUCUGCUUGGUCAAUUGUGCAAUCUAUCUAUGUCUUAUAUUAAAUACAGCAGUAUCUGGGUAUUUUUAUUAAUUAUGUCUGCUUGUAUCACAGCAGUUUCUACAAGUAAGCUAAUAAAACAAGUGUUAACUCAAAUGUUUCAUGUUCAUUUAUUUUUAUAAAUAAAAUAUACAUUUGUUUUGCAAGCAGCCG